GGCCCGGGGCCUGCCCGGGCCCGGGUGGCUGGGUUGCCUUCCCCGCCCCCGCAGCCCCCAGCCUGGGCAGCGGGUUGGGUUGCUGCUGGGCGGCACGUUCCUCCUCCCACGGCAGCGGGCCGGAGCGGGGCAGGCACAGGAUGGGCCCCCCGGUUGCCCUGCGGCAGCUGCUCUGUUUAUUUUGGAACAAGGGCAUCAGUUGCUAGCGAGUGUCACAGGCGAGCUUGCUGCAUGAAUGAACCAGGAAGAAUAAGAGGUGCUUCAGAGAGAGGAUCCCAGCCACGCUUUCUCCUCCUGCUGCUCUGAAGUGUGGGAGGGAGACACACACACAGUAAGAGAGAGACACAAAAAUCCCAGGUCUUGAGGAGAUGAGAAGCAGAAGCAACUCUGGAGUCCGCUUGGAUGGCUACGCCCGACUGGUUCAACAGACCAUUUUAUGUCACCAGAAUCCAGUUACUGGACUGCUUUCGGCCAGCACGGAGCAAAAGGAUGCUUGGGUCCGGGACAAUGUCUACAGCAUUCUGGCUGUGUGGGGUCUGGGAAUGGCUUAUCGGAAGAAUGCAGACCGGGAUGAGGAUAAGGCAAAAGCCUAUGAACUUGAGCAGAAUGUUGUGAAACUGAUGCGGGGACUUUUGCAAUGUAUGAUGAGACAGAUGGACAAAGUAGAGAAGUUCAAAUACACACAGAGUACCAAGGACUGCUUGCAUGCCAAAUAUAAUUCAGCCACUUGUGCCACAGUAGUAGGGGAUGACCAGUGGGGACAUCUACAAGUAGAUGCAACUUCCCUUUACCUGCUCUUCCUGGCACAGAUGACUGCAUCAGGAUUGCAUAUUGUAUUUACCCUUGAUGAAGUUGCCUUUAUACAGAAUCUUGUUUUUUACAUAGAAGCUGCCUAUAAAGUCGCUGACUAUGGAAUAUGGGAACGUGGUGAUAAAACCAAUCAGGGCAUCCCUGAACUGAAUGCAAGCUCUGUAGGCAUGGCCAAGGCUGCACUGGAAGCAAUUGAUGAACUAGACCUUUUUGGAGCCCGUGGAGGGUGCAAGUCUGUGAUUCACGUCCUUCCUGAUGAAGUUGAACAUUGCCAGUCUAUUCUAUACUCCAUGUUGCCAAGGGCAUCCACGUCAAAGGAGAUUGAUGCUGGACUCUUGUCCAUUAUUUCUUACCCAGCUUUUGCAGUGGAAGAUGUGAACGUUGUUAAUGCAACGAAAAGUGAAAUCCUCACCAAACUGCAAGGGCGUUAUGGCUGCUCUCGCUUCCUUCGAGAUGGAUAUAAAACACCAAGAGAGGAUCCAAACAGGUUACACUAUGAUCCUGCUGAGCUCAAACUGUUUGAGAAUAUAGAAUGUGAGUGGCCAGUAUUCUGGACAUACUUCCUAAUUGAUGGAGUGUUUAAUGGGGACAAAAUUCAGGUUCAAGAGUACAGAGAGGCCCUUGAGGGAAUAAUUAUUAGAGAAAAGAAUGGAAUUCUUCUGAUGCCAGAGUUGUAUGCUGUCCCUCCAGACAAGGUGGAUGAGGAGUAUGAAAAUCCUCACUCAGUGGAUCGUCUCCCAGGUGGAAAGUUGCCUCAUCUGUGGGGCCAGUCUUUAUACAUCUUUAGUUCCCUAUUAGCAGAGGGGUUUCUAGCUGCUGGUGAAAUUGAUCCCUUAAAUAGGAGAUUUUCAACAGCUUUUAAACCUGAUGUUGUGGUACAAGUAACUGUCUUGGCGGAAUCAAAUGAAAUUAAGGAACUCUUGAGACACCGUGGAAUCAGUGUUCAGAGCAUUACAGACAUCCAUCCCAUCCGAGUGCUGCCAGCACGGAUCCUGAGUCACCUUUAUGCCAAGCUUGGCCGAAACAAGAACAUGAACCUGAGUGGUCGGCCUUACCGACAUAUUGGUGUGCUUGGAACAUCCAAACUGUACAUGAUACGGAAUCAAAUAUAUACUUUUACCCCUCAGUUUACUGAUCAUCACCACUUCUACCUGGCUCUAGACAAUCGGAUGAUUGUGGAGAUGCUCAGAACAGAGCUGGCUUAUCUCACCUCUUGCUGGAGGAUGACUGGAAGACCAACCCUUGCUUUUCCCAUCACCCACACCAUGCUCAUCAAUGAUGGCUCUGACAUUGAUCCGGCAGUGCUUGCAACCAUAAGAAAAUUAGACGAUGGGUAUUUUGGAGGGGCAAGGGUAAAGCUAGGCAAACUAUCAGAUUUUCUUACCACCUCGUUCUAUACACAUCUGAGCUUCCUGGAUCCAGACUGUGACGGAAAACUAUUUGAUGAUUCUAAUGAUGGCUGUGAUAGUCCUGAAAGUGGAUAUGAAUUAGAAGUUUAUCCAAAUGAUUUCUGUGACAAAGAAAGCCAAGAUGAACUGGACCAGUAUAUAAAUGAUAUACUGCAAAGCACAGCGCUUAAGUCCUACCUGCCUCCAACUUCAAAGAAUGCUAAUCAACCUCAUGUGUUCAGUGCUGUUCACUCCAUGCGAGAGAUACUGUCAAUAAUGGCCAAGGCAAAGGGUUUGAAUGUUCCAUGCGUUUCGAUGACUCUGCCAACUAAAGUUUUGAACACUCACCGGAAAUCUCUGAAUCUUGUUGAUUCCCCACAUCCUUUUGAAGUGAAGGAUCCUGAAGCUGUUUUGCAUUUGCCCAGAGAUGAUCAUGGCGAUUUGGAUUGUGAGAAGUUAGUUGAACAGCUGAAGGAGUGCUCAACUCUACAUGAUCAAGCAGAUAUAUUAUACGUCUUGUAUAUAAUAAAAGGCCCAGACUGGGAUACAGAGCUGAAUGGACAGUAUGGCGUCACCGUUCAUUGUCUGCUCAAUGAGCUCUACAGCAAGGCAGGCCUGAACCAAGAGUGGGGGUUAAUUCGUUACAUCUCUGGCAUACUCAGAAAGAGAGUGGAAGUUCUGGCUGAGGCAUGCACAGACCUUCUGUCACACCACAAGCAGCUUACAGUGGGCCUGCCACCUGAGCCGCGUGAAAAAACUAUUACUGCCCCUCUGCCACCAGAAGAGUUGUCAAAGCUUAUUUAUGAAGCCAGUGGGCAAGACAUCAGUAUUGCAGUCCUUACCCAGGAGAUAGUGGUAUAUUUGGCUAUGUACGUCAGGUCACAGCCCAGCCUUUUUGCAGAGAUGCUCAGACUCCGCAUUGGACUCAUAAUUCAGGUGAUGGCUACUGAGCUGCUUCGCAGUUUGAACUGUUCAGGUGAAGAAGCCUCAGAAAGUUUAAUGAAUCUAAGCCCCUUUGAUAUGAAAAAUCUCCUGCACCAUAUUCUGAGUGGGAAAGAGUUUGGCAUUGAAAGAAGCAUGCGGCCUCUAGAUUCCUCUACCUCCAGCCCUGCAAUUUCUAUUCAUGAAGUGGGGCACACUGGAGCAACUAAAACAGAAAGAAGUGGCAUUACUAGACUGAAGAGUGAAAUGAGACAGUUCUUUUAUGGGGGCCAUUCCAUAUCCAGCAGCAUGCACGCUCCCAGGUUCACGAGGGGCAGUACUCCAUCAUCUCCCACUAGGACAUCAUCUCCUACAGGGUCUACUGGAAACGAUAUCAGCUGGGGUGAUCGCCAAGGGCAAUGGCUCCGCAGAAGAAGGCUUGAUGGUGCCAUUAACAGAGUUCCUGUAGGGUUCUAUCAAAAAGUAUGGAAAAUCCUUCAGAAGUGCCAUGGCCUGUCCAUUGAUGGCUAUGUCCUUCCUUCUUCAACUACAAGAGAGAUGACCCCUUGUGAAAUCAAGUUUGCUGUGCAUGUGGAGUCAGUGCUGAACCAUGUACCCCAGCCUGAAUACAGACAGCUGCUGGUGGAAGCUAUUCUUGUUCUCACACUGCUGUCGGACAUAGAGGUGACCAGCAUUGGGGGCAUAAUCCAUGUGGAUCGAAUAGUGCACGUGGCUAACGAUCUGUUUCUUCAGGAACAGAAAUCACUUGGAGGAAAUGAUGACUUCUUGGAGCGAGACCUCGCCACAGGAAUUUGCCACUUUUUCUAUGACAGUGCUCCAAGUGGGGCAUAUGGAACUAUGACCUACUUAACAAAAGCUGUAGCCACCUAUUUACAGGAUUUCCUGCCUAGCACAGGCUGCCUGAUGCAGUAGGCUAUGCCUCUUGAUCAAAAACAAAAGUAAAGAUUCAGAAGCUCUUUCCCCCCCUCUCCUCUCUCUUCCCUAUCCAUAUGUCUUUCACUCCACAGAAUUUAAACGCCGCUCGUCAUGUGUGAGCACCAACCUGUAGGGGACAGCUGAACAAUGAAGAUGGAAUUUGGCCUAAUUCCAGAACUAUGAGAAACAAUUACAAUGAGUGAGGCCUAUUCUGCCCUAAAUGCAAUGUGGAAUUUAAAGUAAAUUAUGUAAGAAUUAUGCACUUAUGCCCAGAGGAAAAUAAUUUAGUGUAGAGAUCAAAAAAUAUAAAUAAGGAGAUGCAUCUCUGGCACAAAUUUCCCAACUAAGGAGAGAGUAUUUUUUUUGUAUAUUGGAAUUAAUUAACUCUCUCUUAAGCACGGCUUCUAUAAGUUGAUGUUGUGAAUAGUCAAAGCACAGUUUAAUGUUAUCCUUCUCUGAUUUAUUUAGUUUCCAGGUGAUACCCAGGCAAUAUUUUUAAUACACAUUGAGCCAGAUUCUGAUCUCAAUUUCACCAGGGUGAUACAGGAGUAACACCAAUGAAGUCAAGCAUGAGAUCAGAAUUAUGGCCUUCAUAAAUUGGUAGCCUCUCUCUGACGACAUAGCAUCUGCCUUGGGGAAACCUACAUCGUUUGGACCAAUGCAGCUUUGGAGAAGCUGAUCUCUGACUUCCCCUUUUAAAGACAAUUUUAUGCUUAUAAUCAUUCUGGCUAGAUGAAUAAACAGCUAGUUGCCUGUAGAUCCAAAAGAUAUGUUUCCUUCACUCAAGCACUCUUUCUAAAUCUUAAUAUCUUGUCCAUUGUAAAUGGCCUAGAAGAUGAGAUACAUAAGCAUUGUCCUUCCAGAAUAUGUACUUACUAGAGGAAGAGUUGGUGUUUGUUUCAUGUCCUUUGAUUAGACAGAUGCUCCUUUAUCAAAUGUAACUAGAACCAUUAGAGAUUUUUCUACUAGGGAGAACAACACUCUCUUUAAACAGCACCAGGAUAAUACUUAGUACCCUUUAAUGUGUAGGCUCUUUUUGUUGUAUUUGUUUAUAUUAAAUAUACAGAGCCACAGUGUUCCCUCCUGUGGCUUAACCCAGGUGAGCUCAGGGUGGAAGAAGACAAUGAUUUCCUCUUGUUGACUUCCACUGAAGGGUGAGGCUUGGGCUGAACGAGUAUCUACUGGUUCUUAGCUAGAACCAUGUUAGAGAGGUGAAAUAGUACAGUCGUUUGGUGAAAUUACUGGCCAGUGCACAAGAGAUGGUUGGAGUAGAUUCCAAAUGGCAGAUUAGUAAAAGGGUAAGUAGAAACUGUACCAUCCAGUCUCUCAUUUUUACUUAUUAUAAGUGACCUUGAGUGGGAUCUUUCCUUAAGCACCAACACCCUGAUGAAGAAAUGGUCCUAGUGCUGUUAGAACUUUUGAACAGCACUUAUUUGAGUCUUUUUGCAGGGAAAUAGUUUUUCCAUCUCAUACAUUUUAAAAUGUUUUCCUAAUUCCAAAAUGUGUUGAGAGAAGGAAAAACAAUAUCAUCUUUCCAACCCACAUGAUUUCAAUCAAGCUAGGUGGCAGGAGUCAGAUUCACCCCCCAAACUUGGGUAUAUUGUGAGAUGCUGCAGUGCACUUCUGCUACAGCAAUGCACAUCCAGAUGGUAUUUUGUGCAGGCUGGAGAGAUGAGUGCCAUAGGUCAGAGUUGUCCUUUACAAUGUCUUAGGCUUAGGAAUUUCCCAAAGAGCAAGAGGAUGCACAGCCUUCCUGGAUAGACUGUACAUGGGGGAAGAGGCAGGUGCAUGUGUGCUUAUUACCAAGGCAAAAAAUUGUUAAUGGUGUAAGGAGCAGGGAUGAGUAGCUCAAAUGCAUUUGGAAGUCAGUAUCUUAUAUAUGCCUGUUUGUACUUUUGUUAAGUCAUGGCUCUUAGUUUGUAUACAUGUGCUGAGAGAAUGUUUUAGCUCAUUUUCUAAUUAAAAUAAAAAAAUUCUCCAAUUUAAACAGGGCAAGCCUUACAUUGAAAAAUAAUUUAUACUGUAUAUGCAUGCUCAUAUGUGAGGGACUUAUAUAAGCUCUUAUUUUAUUAGGUUCCCUAUAAAGCUUCAGUAAUGUCAAUAAUUUUUCCCUUUUCAUGCAGAGCUCUUUGAUUGAGAUGCAAGAAAGUUCUCUCUCAAAUCUGUUUUAAUGUGCUUUUUUUUACUCAAUCAAAUUUGCAGAGCAAGACAAGACUGCUAAAAUCUGACAUUUGUAUGCUGCUAAAUAGAGCUUUAAAACAGAUUAGGGUCCACAGCAAAAUACUACCAUUUACACAUUUAAAUUUGCGUGUGCAUGUAACUUAAAAAAAAAAAAAAAAA